GACCGGACGAUGAGCCUGACCCCGACGUCCCGCUCCCCACGGCCCAGCCGAGCUGCACCCCCCGCCAGCCCUCCGACCCUAUACGGGAUAAAUAUAACCCCCUUCAGUUAAGAUGGACCUUUCUGUAACAGCUGAAGCCAAUCGUGGCUUUCCGAAAUUCUCUACGGGGUUAUUCUUCGGAAGAAAAUAAGUCAUGAACUCCCUGGAGGUGGCGCUAUUUGUUCAUUGCCUCUUGUGCCCCCAGGUGUCUCCAGUCCUGGAGCUGAACGUGGGGGGCGAGUUCUACACCACUACCGUGGGCACCCUAAGAAAACUCCCGGGCUCAAAGCUGGCAGAUAUGUUCUCUAGCUCAGCCAAGGCCUGCACUGAUGCGGAGGGCCGCUUCUUCAUCGACCGCCCGGGCACCUAUUUCGGAGCCAUCCUGGACUACCUGCGCAGCGGGCAGCUGCCCAAGCAGCACAUUCCGGAGGUGUACCGUGAGGCUCAGUUCUACGAAAUCAAGCCUUUAGUCAAAAUCCUAGAGGACAUGCCGCAGAUCUUUGGUGAGCAGGUGGCUCGGAAGCAAUUCUUGCUUCGGGUGCCAGGUUACAGUGAGAACCUGGAGCUCAUGGUGCGCCUGGCGCGCGCGGAGGCCGUGGCAGCGCGCUGCUCCAACGUGCUGGUGUGUGCCGUGCGCACAGAGGAGGAUGCAGCGCACUGCGCAGAAUCAUUGCGUGUCCUGGAGGCGGACAAGAGGUUGGUCGUCAAAUUCGGACCUUGGAAGGCAGCUCCGGCCAUCAGGGACCUUCUGGACUCAGUGCGGAUGGACAUUGAGGCGCAGGGGUACCAGGUGGCAUAUGAGCACUGCUCCAAGAAGACAUUCCAGCCUAAGUCUGGGGCCUACGAAUACUUCUAUACGUUCCAGUUCACCUGGUGGUGAUUCUCAGGGUCAGGGGUUGUUUGUUAUGGGUUCUGGUGGGACUUAUGAAAGUAAAAGUUGCCUUCAAAAGUCAUGUUACUUUAACUUCAAAAAUAAACAUGAAACAACUUCCA